GUUUAGAUGCUGCGCGUGCAGACUCCAGCGCGCAGAAACUGGAACCAAAUGCAGGGACGCAACUGUUUGUCUGGCAAUUAUUCAACCAUUUUUAGAGAUUGCUGGGUUGUGUCUACUCAACCGUUAAAGUAAUUUUAAUUUACCAAGAAUGGGCUGCGCGAUAUCUGGUCUGUCGCCGAAAACCCCGUGUGAGACGAAGCAGGAUGAUGCAGACACGCGCCUCAGCGAGGACCAGGUCCAGAUGAUCAAGGACUCAUGGAAAGUUAUUCAGGAUGACAUCGCCAAAGUUGGAAUUAUUAUGUUUGUAAGGUUGUUUGAGACCCAUCCUGAAUGCAAGGACGUCUUCUUCCUGUUCCGAGACGUGGAGGACCUGGAGAGGCUGAGGACCAGCAAGGAGCUGAGAGCUCACGGGCUCCGAGUGAUGUCCUUCAUAGAGAAGAGUGUGGCCAGGCUGGACCAGCAGGAGAGGCUGGAUAUCCUGGCUGUGGACCUGGGGAGGAGCCACUACCGCUACAACGCCCCGCCCAAAUACUACAGCUAUGUAGGGACAGAAUUCAUCAGUGCCGUCCAGCCCAUCCUCAAAGACAGAUGGACACCAGAGUUGGAGGAAGCAUGGAAGACUCUGUUCCUGUACCUGACCAGGCUGAUGAGGCAGGGAUACCUCCAGGAGGAGAGGCUCACACACCACCCCCCUGCAGCCUCCCCGAAGGACAGGCCAGAGAGGAACAAGGCUGUCCUAUGAAAGCCCCCGCCGCCGCAGACACAGGCAGCACAGACCUGAAUAACAUUUCCAGCGCGUCUGUGUUCAAACUGCUGCUUAGCCUGCGGCUGUGCAGUCAUUGGUCUGUACUAGAACUCUUAAACCACGUGGCAGGGUUUGAAUUACGGGGG